AGACCUACAUACAUCAUUAGGAGAACGCGCCUCGCGCGCAUUGAAUAAACCAGUCUGUUUGUAACCACCGGUUGUUUCACUUGCGUACCGUCGAUACCUAACAGUGGCGACGAGCAUACUUACCCGCGUUAUAUAGUGAGAAAAAAAAAUGUCUACUUCUGUAUUUGGAAUUCUUACUACGUUCGACCACACUGUACAAGACUGGAAAACCUAUCGCAGUAGAUUGACACAGUGGUUUGUAGCGAACGACAUAACGAAUAGUACGGACGUAAGUGGAAUAAAGAGACGAGCGAUAUUGCUAAGUGCAUUAUCGGAGGGUACCUACAGACUCGCUGCGGAUUUAGCCUUACCUAAAGAUCUACAGUCGGUGCCGUACGAAGAUAUACUUGGAUUACUCGAUAAGCAUUUUAAUCCAAAGCGCACGGGGUUUGGUGACCGACACAACUUUUAUGCCUCGACACAACAGCUGGGUGAAACUCACUCGCAAUGGGCGGCAAGGCUGCGCGGUUUAACCGCGAAUUGCACUUUCAGUAAUGUCGAGGAGACAUUGCGAGACCGAUUUAUAAUGGGGUUGCGACCCGGUGUCGAAAAAGAAAAACUGUAUGCAAUGGACAUGACAGAUCUUACACUGGCCAAGGCUGUGGAAUUCGCAGAGAACUUGUGCAGCGCCAAGGCCGCCGCUGCGGCUAGCGUGGGCGCUGCUGCCGGGACACUCGUUGUGCACUCGGAUAUAGUAAACAAGAUUUCGCAGGGAAGUAAACAUGUGAAAAGUGGAGUACCCGGAAAGCAAAAGUGUACAGUGUGCGGUUAUACUAAUCACAAGUCCUCGGAAUGUCGGUAUUCUGAUUACGUGUGUCGGAAGUGUAAUUCUAAAGGUCAUUUGCGUAGGAUGUGUCCAUCGACCAAAGUGAACUACGUAGAAAAUGUAGCCGGAGGGGAGGACGUCGGUGAUGAUGUCUACACAACUUAAGGCGGAGAUAAAAAAACAAUAUGAACCAGAAACCAAUGUAUUGUACAAACAGUUUUGUAAUAACAAAUUCAAAUGGAAAUUAGGGGUUAUACAAAAACGCAUAGGUAACGUAUUGUAUUUAG